AUGUUCAACGCACAAGACAAUUCGGGCUUUGAAGAAUUCGAGGCUUCAAUUGCCUCGAGAUACAGUCAUAUCGAAAAUAAUUUCCUGGACCUUGAAAAGAUGAGGAAGCUGCGAAAGGACGAUCUGGCUGAACGCGAACGUCUAAUCAAAGCGAUAUGCAAUUACUGGCUUUUUGACAAUCCCUCUAUCCGAUACGGUCCUAUGUGGUACAGCACAUGGUUAGAGACUACGGGGACUUUUGACGAUGAUAAGGACAUCAAGCCAGAGUACUUGAAAGUCAACACCGGACUUGCAUUGAAUCCACCACACAAGUAUGUCCUGCGUCAAAUGUUACCCAUAUGGAGAGUUACUAAGACAAGCCAGAUUUUCGAAGAUCAUUUUCACAGGUGGCCUCAGAACUCCAAGGGUUGGCAUUUGCAUCAAGAUUCUUUCAUGCAUCCCAAAUUCAUGUACGACAUCUUUGAAAUGGCUUUGAAACAUGGGCAUCAGGGUACCAGCAGAUCAAAAGCCCUGGACAGGGCAAUCGAAAGUAUCCCGAACCCUGAGCGGAUCAAGAAGGUGGUCUGCAUUGGACUCGGCAAGGUUUUCAAGUCUACCUACCUCGCAAAAUGUCACGAGCUGCAAGUCAACAUCCACCCUAGUCACCUUGCUCAGCACACUGCGGCAAGGGCCAUUGUUGAGAUUCUGCGAUCGAAAACACAUCAAGAUGUCCAGCUGCACGCAGCUGAUCCUGCUUACGGUCGCAGACACGAAGAAGUCCUGACGAACCUCCCUGGAGUGAAGUUCAAUGUUCUCAACCCUAUCUACGGACACCAUUAG